AUGUCAUUUGAAGUACAUUGGGAAGACCUCCAAAACGACGUUGCUCUAAAUGCUCAAAUACGAGAUAAAUUAAAUAGUUUUUUUGGCUCCUUAGAAUUGCCAUCAUACCUAAAUCAUAUAAGCAUAACCGAUUUUCAGAUAGGUUCUCAUGCUCCAGAGAUAAUACUUCACGAUAUCUCAGAACCAAUCAGUGGUAUAAACCCCAAUCCAUCUGGUACGGAUGAGAAUGACUUGCAGUUGUUAUUCGAAGUGAAGUAUGAUGAUGACUUACAAUUAGAAUUAAAUACUUCCCUGGUACUAAACUACCCUUCAAAGGAAUUCAUGGCAUUACCCAUUAACAUUAAGGUUAGAUUCGUAUCUUUACAUAUAUUAUGCCUUAUUGGAAUAUUUAAUAAAGGCAAGAGAAUUGUGUUUAGUGUUCUAUGCGAUAUUGAGGAUCAAAAUGAUAGUACACGUAGACAAAGCAUAGGAGACUUACUGAAGGAUAAAGUUGGGUCGCCUCUUGAAAGGCUGGCUAUAAUCAAGGAUCUCAGUAUAGAAACUGAGAUAGGAUCAGAUGCUAGUACUAACCUGUCUAACGAUCUCCAGAUCAACGAUGAUGAUACUCUAUCUGAAUUGAGUUAUAGUUCCAAUCCGAAUGGCGCAACAUUAAGAAACGUUGACAAACUAGAACAAUUUCUUGUGGAAAAAUUAAAGAAUUUCUUAAGACAAGAGGUAGGAUGGCCAAGUUGGUUAACGUUUGAGCUAGAUGAUGAGUCCUCAGAUGAAUCAGACGAAGACGAUUCAGGAAAUGAAUGA